CUUUUCUGCUCAUGUCACUACAUAAAACUAUCAGAUGGUUAGAGGAAGGCCAUGGAGGCAUCCACUUAGCUCGUCUUAUCAAGGACGCCAAAUGAAGUCAGUUCAGCUCUGCUAGCGGGACAAGCUGACUUACUUUGCAAGAAAGACUUACAGCAGCCCUCUCUCCAUAAAUGUACACCGGCCGCCCGUCUGCACACCGCAGAGGCGCGCAAACUGGCUGUUUUACACUCAACGCCGCUCCAGCGUUGCCUGCUUUGAAACUUUCCUCGGCGGUUGUUUUCAUGAAGAGCGGCAAGCAGUCGCCAAGGAACUAAGUGAGACUACUUUUUAUUGCUUUUCUAACAAAUAUCGAGGAUGCCUCGUCCGGGGAGAAACACGUACAGCGACCAGAAGCCACCUUACUCCUACAUCUCUCUCACCGCCAUGGCGAUCCAGAGCUGCCCAGAGAAGAUGCUGCCUCUCAGUGAAAUUUACAAGUUCAUCAUGGAUAGAUUCCCUUAUUAUAGAGAAAACACUCAGCGGUGGCAAAACUCUCUGCGACACAACCUGUCCUUCAACGACUGUUUCAUUAAAAUCCCCCGGCGCCCAGAUCAACCAGGUAAGGGCAGUUUCUGGGCUCUGCACCCCAGCUGCGGGGACAUGUUUGAGAAUGGGAGUUUCUUGAGACGCCGCAAAAGGUUCAAAGUGUUGACUACAUCCGAUCACUUGGCUCCCAGUAAGCAGUCGGAUGCUGCUCAUUACCUCCAGCAGCAAGCCAAACUGAGACUGAGCGCACUGGCAGCCACUGGCACACACCUUCCCCAAAUGUCAACGUACAACCUCGGAGUCUCUCAGACAUCAACUUUUAAGCAUCCGUUUGCCAUCGAGAACAUCAUUGCCAGAGAGUAUAAGGUCCCGGGAAGUCUAGCGUUCUCCACCAUGCAGUCCAUGUCUGCCGGGUACCCGCUCCACAACCAGCUGACGACAGCCUGGCCUCACAUGUACAACACCAGCGUGAUUGACACGGCGGCCCCAAUCUCCAUGGCAAGCAGCGACUACAGUGCCUAUGGCGUGCCCAUCAAGUCCCUGUGUCACGGGGGACAGUCCUUACCGGCUAUUCCCGUGCCAAUCAAGCCCACCCCGACCUCCAUGUCCGGUUUCUCGGCUUUACCUCCGCACAUCCCCGCGUUUCUAUCAAACUCUCCACAGUCUCUGAGCCCGACGUCCCCACAGACAGCGACGAGCCAAAGCAGCCCCGCAACCCCGAGCGAGACUCUGACGAGCCCCUCCACACUGCAGUCUGUGGCUGUGCACUGACCAGCUGAACUUUCCCAGUAAAACGAACUGCUAGUCGGCUCCCUGGCCCCGUUACCGAUCCCAAAGUUUAUAUUUUCUGUCGUCGGAAACUAUCAAGGCGAGUUGCAGUUGCAUAUCGAUUUAUUUGUGUAUGUGUUGAAUGUGUCGCUUUAAAUUGUGUCAUAGAAGUCCAGCACAGAGUCGCACAGCGAAGUAUUGCUCUUGAAAAUAUAAAUUAUUUGAUAGUUCUAUUUUUCAGUUUAUUGUGAAAUGUGAGUGUUGAAAGAGGAGCCACUGAGGGGAUCCAGGGGGGGAGUUUGUUUUGGCACCAUCGACUCUGAUUUUAAGUGCUUGCGAUUCUCGUGGCAGUUUUUCAGUUUUAUCAAAUAGCAAAACUUUUGCACCGUUUCUGUGUGACCACUAUAAUGUCUACGAAAUUGCGAGUCAAUGGCUCUGUGUUUUUGUUUGCUUUUAAUACUGGAAUGAUGGGUAUGGGUAUACCAAAUAGGAAUAGAAUUUAGAUUUGCUCUUGCCAUCCCUGUAAAAAAAAAACAAGAAAAAAAAAGAAAGCAAUCUGAGUUAUGAAAUCUUUUCAAAAUGGAAAAGUAGUAUUGUGAGACGUCCUCAAAAUGCAAGAUGUGAAUAUUGCAAAUAACUGAUACUGAACUGUUGUAAAAUGCACUUUUUAGUUUUAUGUUUUAGAUAUCUAUUUUCCAGAAAAUGUUCUGUGAAGCAUUUAAUUUAAAAGGCUGUGGUGACCAUGUGUAUCAGAUGCUGUAAAUUUGUACAAUUUUUUUGAGGGGGGUGAAGCAUGCAUUCUAAACAUUUGUGUUGUUACUGUUGUUGUUACUGUUGUUGUUUUGUUUGUGUUUGUUUAUUUUUUUGCAAGCAUGCGUGCUUUUGAAAAAGUGUGCAAACAGUCUGCAAUGAAUUGGAAAAAAUGGUCAUCGAAAUAUUUUCUCAUUAAAAGUGAAGUAAACAAUCAAAAAUGUUUCUGAAGA